GGGGCGGGGGUCUUAUUUAACCUUCCUGAAAGUUAGACAAUUUCUUCUAAAUUCAAGUUGAUAGAAAGAUCUACUUUCCUUUGUCUUUUGUUUUAUUUCUUCUUGUAGUUCCUGACUAUGUAUCUCAAACUGCAUGUAUAUACUAAUUAACUGGGGUUAUAACUCUCCAUUAGAGGAUCAGUGCAAUUUUGCAAAACAGUGUGAUUUUGACAUGUUAAUCUAAUUGUCUGUUGCUUACUGCUGUCAAAUAGCGGGCAUCCCCAACCUCAAAUGGUUUGGAGUUGAGGGGGAAUAUAAUAUUAUGGUUAUAGACCUUCUUGGACCAAGUCUGGAAGAUCUCUUCAACUAUUGUAAUAGGAAGUUCUCCUUGAAAACAGUAUUGAUGCUUGCAGAUCAAUUAAUUAAUAGAGUUGAAUACAUGCAUUCAAGAGGUUUUCUUCACCGUGAUAUAAAGCCUGACAACUUUUUGAUGGGCCUAGGGCGCAAAGCAAACCAAGUAUACGUCAUCGAUUUUGGUCUUGCCAAAAAAUAUAGGGAUCUCCAGACUCAUAAGCACAUACCUUAUAGGGAAAACAAGAAUCUCACAGGUACUGCUCGUUAUGCCAGUGUUAAUACUCAUCUUGGAGUUGAACAAAGCCGGAGAGAUGAUUUGGAAUCUCUUGGUUAUGUCCUUAUGUAUUUCCUGAGAGGAAGCCUCCCCUGGCAGGGACUGAGAGCUGGCACCAAAAAACAGAAGUAUGACAAGAUUAGUGAAAAGAAGAUGUUAACUCCUAUAGAGGUGCUGUGUAAAUCAUAUCCAUUGGAGUUCACAUCAUAUUUUCACUAUUGUCGAUCAUUAAGAUUUGAGGACAAGCCGGACUAUUCUUAUUUGAAGAGGCUUUUCCGAGACUUAUUUAUUCGUGAAGGUUACCAAUUUGACUAUGUGUUUGAUUGGACUAUAUUGAAGUAUCCUCAGGUUGGUGCCAGUUCAAGAACACGAAACUCCAGUGGAAAUGCAGGGGCUGGAACCUCUGGCGAAAGACCAGGAAGAACAUCAGUGGGACAUGACGUUCGAGACAGAUUCUCAGGCGCUGUCGAAACUUUUUCGAGAAAAAAUACUUCAGGGUCAGGUUGGCAUGGUGAACAUUCUAGACACAGGACAUCAGAUGUACCUUCAUCCAAGGAUGUGGUAUUUUUUUCCUUUACCUACAACAAAUUAAUCGUUCUUCUAUUUGUACUUGUAUGGUCAUGAGAGAGAGAUUUUGGUUGGCAAUGGGGAUUGGUUAAACGGGAAAAAAAAUCUGCUUCUGGUUCAGUAUCUGAAAAUAAGAAAAUCUUUUACAGGGUAUGAUAGAUGAUGCAUGUUUGGGUAAUACUUGCAUUUCAUUUUCCUGGUAGCUAUUUUUCUUUAGUCUAUCUCUCUUCCUCUUAUUGGCGUUUGUUGGGGAGUUGGGAGUUGAAGUGUGACUAAUUUGAUGUUUGGGUUCAUCUCUAAGAAAAUCUGAUAGCUAAGUAACCUGGUGCUGCUAUUUGAUUAUUUGUUAUGCAAUGUAUGGCAGACAGGUCCUUGUAUUGGCAAAUUG